CAACUGCCAUGCCACCUGUCACCUCUUUCGCGUACUAACACCGAUAAGUAUGGAUGGACUGCUGACCGGUCGGUGCUACUGAAACCCUAACCACUGAACGAUGAGCCGACGUAUGUUAAAGCACAGAUACCCAACAGGAAAAGCAGCAGAAGCGGCCCAACCAGUGGCUCCACUACCUCAGCCAGCUGCUGACGUAAUGCCCCAGUGGGAUGGGGCUGGCAGCUUUCAGCCGGCACAAUAUCCCACAGCAGUGCUGGACCCACAGCAUCAGCAGCAGCCGCAAAGCAACUCACAGGAGGGCUGGUCUUCGGUGGCAACGACAGCAGCCAACGGCAGCACUGCUUGUUCUGCAGUCCACUAUGGGCAGGGAGAGAACUACUGGAACUGGAACACCCACCAGGAAUCUGCUGCAGUGGCAGGUGGGGAUGGGAUGAUGUCAGCCCCAAUGCAAUCCUGGAGCAGUGGCAGCUGGAGCACUUCACAUCAGGAGAUGACUUCGGCGGGUCCUCAGUCAUGGACAGGAGGGGGUGGGGCACAGCCACCUGACCCAACUGGAGUGGGUGGCGGUACAAACUUGCAGGAGGCUGCGGUGGCGCCAAUGACGAGUGACGGGACAUACCAACCACCAUCGCUCUAUCCUGGGGUUCCUCAGUUUGUGCCGCCUCAAGAGGGGCAACAGUUUGGCAGUGGAGGUGUUGUUACAGAAGGCUCUGGUCCCCAGGAAGGCUGGGUGGCACCGUCCUGGAGUGGUGACACUAGCCAGUGGCAGCCUGGCCUUGAGCAGCAGCAGCAGUACGGGUCAACCCAGGUGCCGUGGCAGUGGCAAGAAGGAAUGCCAGCUGAAGGUUGGCCAUCUGCCGAUGGUCAGUGGCAGGGAUAUGACUCUCGGGUGGGCACGGCUCAUCCUGGCCAGUAUGAGGGCUCCUCCGUGGCAGGGUACAACCCAUCUGGCGAUUCACUACAUUGUCAAGAACAGCAGCAGCAAGAACAACAGCAGCAGCUCCACGGCCAGGAGCCACCUAGCACAGCUGUAGAGACUGCAGUCAGUGAUGUGUCUUCCCCUGCCCACCCUUCUGCUCUUGCUGCAGAUAGUCAAGAUGGCUCUCAAGGUACUGUAGAGAGCCCGCAGCAGCCGUCGCAUCAGUAUGUUGAGUCCACAUCCGGAGAUGACGGCACAAUGUCCAUGUUCUUUCAAGAUGGCAGCGCUACCGUUCAUGUUGUGAGCGAAGAAGGGACGGCUCCAGCACCAGCAGAGGAAAGCAGAGAAGGGCACGGCAUCCAUGAUCCGCAGGCGACACCAGAGCGUGCGGAGGAACAGCCAGCUUCAUUGGGAAUUCAGCCUCACGAACAAGAGAGAGCAGUCAUGGGAAUGCCUGAAGAUGGCGCUACUGUCACACUAGAGUCUGUUAACCAGGAAGUUCCAGAUUCAGUUUUGAGGCCAGAGCCGCAAGAGGUGUGUUUUAAUGUGCUCAACCUGCAGGCAUUGCCAUUGCACAUGGAAGGCGGUGGUCCCGGCAGCGAAGAGACUGCAUGUGCUGUUGCAGUGACACCUGGGGUAGAGUGUGGGGCUCAGUGUCCAGCACCGUCCAAGAAGGCUGUGAUUCGGGCUCGCCAGGGUGGGCCCUUCAAGCCGCCUGCACUUGUCCGGCAAGGCUCAUCUACUGAGCCAGAUUACCUACGGGUUAUCUACCAAUUGUUAUGGUAUUUGUGGCAUGCUCUGAUGCAGCAGAAUGCAGCCCAGUUGCACAUGCCGCCUGACAACUUGGAACUGCUACCACCAGAUGAGGUCGCACGACAUGCCUCACUGCGUCACCACCACCACCACCUCCACCACAGACAAGGUGUGGCACCACUGUCGCCAACAACUGCAAUGGGCUCUGUUGGCACGGGCCUGACGCUGCUCGAUGCGCCUGACAUGCAACCUCUCGUGACUCUGGCACCAGCAGCGCCACCUAUUCCGCACGAUCGGCCGGCUUCACGUGCGAGCUCCCUCUCUGGUGCACAGUCUAAUGAGGUGGUGGAGCAGUCAUCCAGUCCUUUGACCAGUGCUUCAGCUCCCAAAGGGGACACUGAGGAAGUGGCACCACCAGAUGGCCACUGUCAAGCUCACGUCCCAAGGAUGGUGGCGCCCCCUCUGAUGCGUCAGAGCCCCCUGGGGAGGGAAGAGGGAACUGGGAGAGGUACCGUUGCUCCACCUCCACUGAGGGUGGCAACAACGCUUGCACCGAGCCCCCUGCUUAUUGACUCAACACUACCGGAGAGAACAGAACCUUCAGGAAGCACGGAUGGAGACCAUCCCCAGCCUGUUGUCACAGCAACUCGGGCUGGCGAAGUGAAGGAAAGCUUGGUGGGGCUGCGACCUAAUGCGACAUCCACACCAACUGAUCAUCUCAUCCCUCACCAUGACACUAUCAAUGUUAGUGCUGUCCUGGCACACCCUAAACAUGAUGCAAAAGAACGUGGCGACAAGGGCAGCGAACCACGUGUGCGGCAAGAGGAACCACGGAAAGAAACGCAAGAUGAUAGGGAUUUUAGGGAAUCAAAAGACUCCGUGCAUGGUCGGGAUUCCAGGGAUCCUCGUGACUCAAGGCCAGCCAGGAACCGAGGCAGUGAUGAUGAAAGCCCAGAUUGGAAGGGAAGUCGAGACGCCUUUGAACGCGAUAGCAGGCGAGGUGGCAGAGCAGAUUUCAGGGAUGACCAGGACCGGAAAAGGGACCGUCACUAUGAUAGGGCAGAUGAUCGACGAGAUGUUUCGAAAGAAGACCGGGAUGAGUUCAGGAAAGGAGGUGGUAGAAGUGGUGUUGGGGAGGAUCGGAAAAGGAGAGACGACUACCAUGAUGACAGAAGAGGCGACAAAAAGGAUGACCAGUAUGAGGAACGGAGAGGAGAUCGGCGUGAGGAGCUUAGGGAUGACUAUCGCAAAUCAGACCGGAGAGGUGACCGUUACCACGAUCGGCGGGACCAGUGGAGGGGGCAGGAAAGUGAUGAUGAGUGGAAGGACCGGCGGUCAGACCGCAGGAGCGACCGUUACAGCACCAGGCAUGACUACCGGUACGAUGACCGUCCUAGCGACCGGUACAGUGACCGUGGCCGGCCAUCAAGCCGAACCUCCCAGGACGCUUACCUCGAUGACUAUGACAGGCGGGGCGACAGAAGGCACCGGGACAGUCACAACCGACCAUCAUCGAGGCACAGCGAAUCUGACAGCUCCUCUCCAGACUCUCGGAGGGGUUAUGGCACUGGCAAACACCGAAAGUAUCGGGAUGCUGACAAAAUGGCACCUGGUGCCUACUAUGAUCAGAAAAGCUAUGGAGGAGCUGGUGGAGCUGGUGGCUACGACUACAACACUUACCGGAGGGACUACUACAAUUACUAUCACUAUGGCUAUGCACCACGCUCAGGCUACGGCUAUGGCUAUUAUGAUGAGUUAUACAGAACCAAUCCAGCCUAUAAACAGCAAGUGGAUGCUUACUACGCUCGGCUAGGCUACAACCCGGCACAGAUAAUGGAGCGCCUCAGUGUGCACUCUGGCCGAUCGUCGGCCAAUGGAGAUUCGCGUCGGGAUGAGAGCUUUGCCAGCAACACGGAAGAUGAUUGCGACCCCAGCAUUCUUGACAAUGAGUCCACACGCCUCGACCAUGUGCCCCAGCCAGAAGAGGUCAAGAAGUUCUCCCGGCCACACCCACUGGCUCGUUUCUGUGGUGCCAAUGGUCUGCUCAAGCUCGUACCAACCCUCAGCAGUGGAAACCUGCCGCCUCCUAUUGAAAUUCACAGCCUCAAGCACUUGUUCCAGAAGGAUCCACAGUUCCAUCAGUUGCAGGCAUUCCCUGGACCUUUGGUCAGGUCGGAGACGCACAAGAAUGAUGUGAUCCAGUUCUGCACGCAGAAGAUCCAGUCAUUUGCCGAAGACCCCAGCUUGCCUGACCGGUCAUCACACAUCCUCCUUUGGGAGCUGCUCGUGCUCAUGCUCAGGCAAAACGGGUUUGUCUCAGGUUCGGACAUUGCUGAAUUGCUUCUUCGGGGUCACGAAAUCUUGGAGCCGUCAGCGUCUACGUCAGUGCUUGCGGGCCGACCAGGAGGGGAGGGAGGUGAAGUGACCUCACCCGAGGGUGCUGACGAUGGCAGCAGCCCAUCGCCAGAUGAGGGCAUUGUGGUGUCUGAUCGUGCCCAACUUGGAACCACUGGUGCAAGUCACACGCUAGCGAAAUUCCGCGAGUUCCUCCUCUUUGGGCAUAAAAAGGAUGCAUUGGAGUGGGCAGUGAAGUGUGGCCUGUGGGGCCACGCCCUGUCACUAGCUUCGAAGAUGGAUGCUAGGACGUAUGCGAGCAUCAUGACUCGUUUCACGAACGCCCUGGCCAUCAAUGACCCGCUGCAGACCCUGUAUCAGCAUCUGUCUGGCCGGCAACCUGCGGCGGUCACUUGCAUAGCGGAUGAAAAGUGGGGUGACUGGCGGCCCCAUUUAGCCAUGAUCCUGUCCAACCCAUCGUCACGCCCAGAAGUGGAUGCUCGGAGCAUCACUACCUUGGGCGAUGUGCUCGCUAGCCGUGGUUGCCUCUCAGCAGCGCACUUCUGCUACCUGAUGGCCCAGGUGGAGUUUGGCACAUAUGCCUGCAAGUCAAGCAAAAUGGUGCUGCUUGGAUCCAGCCACCACACGCUUUCUUUUGAAGAGUUUGCAUCUAACGAAGCAAUCCAGUGCACCGAAAUCUACGAAUACUCCCAGUCCCUGGCCAAUGCAGGCUACAUGCUGCCACACCUGCAGGUUUACAAGUUUCUCCACGCCACACGGCUUGCGGAGUUCGGCUUCGCCCAAGAGGCUCUACACUAUUGCGAGGUCCUAGCGGAGGCGAUGGUGCGGCAUUGUGAAUCAGCGCAGCUGGCAGCCCAGACGUACGAGUUGGCAAGCCGCCUGAAGUACCACGACCCUCACUUCAGCCAGGGCCAAGGCGAGCUGGAGGAACUGGGCGAGCCCCCGUGGCUUGCCAACUUUGCCCACCUGGUCACCCAGCUGCUUCAAGUACGGGGCAACAGCAGCAUGUCUCAGGUUGGCAUCCAUUAUGGCCGGGAGAGUGGCUAUGAAGGUCAUGAAGCACAGCCUGUGUCUCAGGUCCCUAGCACGGAGAGCUUACAAAGUCAGCAAGGCUUCAACAGCAGUACUGGAUUUGCAGUGUACGAUAACUGCAUGCCCAUGCUCCAGCAGUCAGGGAACUUUAGCAACUCGUACCUGGACACCUCUGCAUGUGGUGACCGUGCGCACGUGGUCUCUUCUUCGACCGAGCAAUGGACACCACUGCCACAGGCCACUCCUGAUUUCUCUCAGCACCUUCCUCCAACGAGUACAUCAUCCUUUGUGGCAGCACCGUCUGUUGACAGUGGCUGGAACUCGGUGCCUCAGCUGUCCACGGCCGCACAGCCUUCGGCCGAGUACAACUUUGUAAGCACAAGUCCGCCCCUGCCUUCUGAAUCAGCUGCCGUGAUGAAUGGCAUGUCACCCCAGGCAGAUGGGACGGUGCCUUCAUCACCGCCUGUCAGCAGCCAGCCGGCUUCAUUCGACUACUACAAGGCCAGCACCUACUCGGUGAGUGCACAGAAUCUUCAUCGCCAAACAACACGAGAGCGUCUUAGCAGUGUCAGCAGCAGCACAGACGCUCUUGAUCGAAGGGACAGUGUUGACAGUGCUGCCUUGGCCUCUGGUCGGUCACGGCUACCAUCGGGGCCACAGUCAUCACUCGCCACAGACCAGUCGGCUUCAGAGUCUGAGCGGUCCAAGCCAGCCGCAGCUAACAAGGGAAAGACACAGGUGGCUGGCAAGAGUUGGCUGGGGGGCAUUUUUGGGAAGCUGCUUCCCAAAGGCCCCAAUCAAAUGAUCCUGCCCGAUGAUAAGGACCCUGAUAUUGUGUGGGAUGAGCAGAAGAAGUGCUGGGUCGACAAGAACGCUGCACCUGGUGAAGCGGAGAGUCGGAUGGCAGCUCCUCCGGCGGACACAAGCUUUGGGGGCAAGCCAAGUCCACUGAGUAGCAAGCCAGGAGAGAACCGCUUUCAACUGAGCAAGCAGCGCUCUUUGCGGAAGCACUAUGUGGAUGUGCUGAACCCAAACAGCAACAAGGCAUCUGGUGACUCUCCGUCGGCACCUGCAGUGGCAGCGUUUCCAGAACAGUCUGCUGCACAACCCCCCGUCCAGUUCUUUGUUCCUCCAGCUGCUGGUGAACAACACGAAAGAUCUGGCUAUGACUUUGUGUCGCCUGCUCCGUUACCAGACCAGACUGCACCUGCUCCACCACCACCGCCAGAAACCACGCCGACCUAUCAACCCUCAGCCAAGGCUGUCUCGACACCCAUGAUGUUUGAUCCUGCGGAUUUCUCAUCACGAGCAGUGGACAGCAGUCACAAGGCAGCUGGUGGUAACCUGGCCAGGAGGAGAGCCUAUCCAACGUAGCAGACGUCACGUGUUUGACUUGGCAGCCAUCUUGCGUCCCUUUCCCUGCGAAGCCUUUUCCUAGGUUCUUUUCUUUUUUUGCACUACAGGACAGUAUUUCUUCUUUCAGAUGCUAGUUCAAUUCAUGGUGCGAUUUGGGAUGUCAUUUUCCUGAAACAGUUUUUAUUUUUCUUCCUCUACAUCUGCUGCUCUCCCAUGGAAGGGUAGUGUUCUGAGACUUUUUCUGUCAUGUCUUUGGUAGUAGGUUUAUUCUAGGUUUGACAAAACCAGAAUGGAAAUGUUUGAAAGUGUCGAGUGCUUGUUAUAUGAUGCCAUUAUACUGUUGCAAUGAACAUUUCUUUUAGUCUUAAUUAUUUUUGCGUGAGCAUUCAUGUAAUUUUUAAAGGCUACAUGCAGAGGCCAAGGCUGGCUGUCUACAGGCAUUAGUUAUGACACUACAUUUAUAAGAGUGGAUCAAAGGUGCUAGACUUAAAAUGGAAUCCUUUGUCAUAUGUCUGUUCAGGUUCACGUGUGACUGAAGCUGAAUCAAAACUGAUACACUUGACAUUCACUUUUAAGCAUGCAUCAAAGUCGCUGAUAGCCUAAAAUUGUUCUGCAAGGCCUAGCAUGGCAGUUUUGAUCCAUGUAUACUGCAUGACACGCUAAAAUUAAUUGGAAAUGUGACAAUGCAAUGCUGUAGGUAUCAUAUACCACAUUCAUUAUGUCUGUGGGCAACGCAUUGCUUUUUAACACAAACGUGGCAUUUUUCACUGGAUUGCUACUACAAAAAAAAAAAAAUGAAGUUUAUGUUUGGUCCCACAGCAUUGCUGAGUUAUUGUAUGCAAUUUUGUCAUUUUUAGACUGUUUUAAUGCGAAUUUGAUUCAAGGCAUCAGCUCAUGGCUGUACUGGAAGGGAAACACGAGAUGCAGCUUGCUUGGUCUGUAAGAGCUUGACGGUGUUCUGAUCUUGCCAUCCAAGGUUCAAGCCCAUAAGGGGCAAGUUUGGAGACCCUACCUUUGGUUGCCGCCAGUCUUUUGUUAAGCUACCGUCACAGGUGGUCGAGCCAAAUGGUGGUAUGCUCUUGUCUGUGUCCUCCAGGGAAGACAAAGCAAAACAGAAGCAGUGUUCAGUGGACUAGCAGCAAGUGCUAAGUGCAUGGCAGUGUAGUGCCACAAGGUCUUGCACACCGACCAUGACCAACUUCUGCCUUAACAGUGGUCUGUAGGCGUUAUGACUGCUUUGUGGAUCUCUCUUAUGAACUGCUUGGUUUUGGUGUAGGGUAUCUUGUCUAUCUUUUCUCUCCCAAAUGUGUGCAAUGGUGUUUGCCAUGAUUGUCGUUGAGAUGCUGCUACCAUUCCGUUCUGCGCUUAACCUCGCUGAAGAGGUGGCGUGCUGUAGUAAAUGCUGUUUAAAAGCUUAUAUUAGUGGUUGAUGAUAACCAUUUGUGAUGCUUUUUGGGGAACUCUUGUUUGUCUGUUUGCUUGAACUUAUAGUUGUACAUAGAAGCAGGCCUUUUGAUAAGCCCAGCAUUUGGCAGAGAUUCUGUAGUACAAGUGCUGCUUUGGGCUCGAUGAUGUGGUCCUGCCAUCGUAGCUAUGGCUGUAGGCCUCUCUCAUUGAUGGCUACGAGUAGAAUCAAGACUUUCCUUUUUGCAAAUGGCUCUGUGGCUGUUGAGGUCCUUUGCAAAAGGAAAGCCUGUGUUUUUGAAGUAGAUGAAUUUUAACUUUUUCAAAUGAUUGUAUAAGGUAGUGUAUCUACCUUGUUUAUGUUGCUGUGGUGGGUAUUUGGAUUAAGAAUGUUAUCUUUUUCUAUUCUGCAUGCAGUUAAAAGGCACACAGUUGUAGCAAAAUGGAAGCGAAGCCUCUAGGACCUUGGCAAUCGCUCAUCUUUCCGUGUGCUUCACUAACUCUGCUCAAUUGCUUUUUGUUCAUAUUCAGACAUGCACUUAUGUGACGGAGCACUAAUAUGCGAUUGAAAAUUGUGCAUAAUGUCACUUGGUGAGGCAUGGGGUUUGUGCACUGCAAUUUAAAGGGCUGAAGUUCACAGUGAUUCCUUGCCUCAUUGCAAUUCCUUUCCUCUUAAUUGAAGCAGGAGUGGGAGCUGCAUAAAGUAUUUGAGGAGCAGAUUGUGAUGUGAAACGCAGUAAAAUCUAGCCAAUGAGUGCUGGAUGUUUGGACAAGGAAAUAAAGCAUUCUGGAGAGGAAUCACUGUCGAAAAGUGGUCCCUGUAUCCACACACACAGAACACAGGUGGUCAUUAAAAUUUGUAUGGUUUCCUGUGCUGUACAUUUUGGUUUUGUCUAAAAAGCUGCCUUGUGUGCGUGAUCCCUAGGAAUGUUUCAAUUUUCACUGCGAUCUUUGUCGGCGCUUGGACCUUUUGUUUUUCACUUCCGACACGCGUAGUCAUGCCGUGCCUUUGGUGCAUUUGUGGGCAUGUCUGCUCCAUGAACACACUGUUGGAACGGAUUUCGCUUGUUGAAGAGGGGGCUAGCGAUGCUUUUUUUGCAAUGUUGGCUGUUCUCCGAGGUAUGUAUGAAUGAAAGGAGAAAACAAUGCUGAAGGAAUAAAAGUUUUGGUGAGGA